CCUUGGAGACAAAACCCAGGGCACAUAAAAUGCUCAUAAACGCGUCCAACCAUAGUAACCGUGGGUUCGCCAACAAGGAAAACGCUCUGAACAGUGUUUGAAUGGAUUCAGAUUUAUGAUUUUGGUACAUCAUGGAUGGUGUUGGUCAGACAAAUGAUGUUCAGGCAGAGCUGGACUCUGUGGAAGCUGAGCUGGAGCUGGUGGAGCUGCAGAUAGCAGAGCUCCUUGAAAAGAAAACUGAAUUGAAUUCUCGCAAGACUGUGCUCCUGUGCAAGCUGGAGGAGGCGUGCGAUGUUGCAUCUGCAUCGUCUUCGUCCAGCCAGUCUUCCACAACUGGCUCUGAAAUGAGUAAAGAGGAAAUGCAGCAAUACGAUGGCACAGAGUUUGCUUGGUCCAAAGAUGUGAUGCGGCACCUGAAGGAUUCAUUCCACCUUUCCAAGUUCAGACCCCUGCAGCUGAGGGCCAUCAAUCUAACACUGUCUGGAAAAGAUCUAUUUUUGGUGAUGCCCACAGGCAGAGGGAAAAGCCUUUGCUAUCAGCUACCUGCGAUGUGUUCCGACGGCUUUACACUGGUUGUGACUCCUCUGGUGUCACUGAUGGAGGAUCAGCUCAUGUACCUGAACUCCAUCAACGUGGCAGCAGAAAUGCUCAAUGCUUCUAGUAGCAAGGAGCACACUAAGAGCAUUUUAGCUGGCAUGAUUGACAAGAGGGCCCCAUUUAAGCUUUUGUACGUGACACCCGAGAAAAUUGCCAAAAGCAAGAUGUUCAUGUCUCGCCUGGACAAAGCCAACAAUGCAAAUCUCCUGAGUCGUAUCGCUGUCGAUGAGGUGCACUGCUGCAGCCAGUGGGGACAUGACUUCAGACCAGAUUACAAACUGUUGGGCAUCCUGAAGAGGCAGUUUCCAAAGGUCCCGGUGAUUGGACUCACAGCUACAGCGACCACCAGCAUCCUCAAGGACUGUGCUAAGAUCCUGUGUGUGCCAAAGCCAAUCUCACUCACAGCCUCAUUCAACCGCACUAAUCUCUAUUAUGAGCUUCGUGCCAAAGUUACUGAUGAGGCGUUAAUAAACGACAUUGCCUCGCUGAUAAAGAAUCGAUACAAGGACCAGUCAGGAAUCAUAUACGUGUUCUCUCAGAAGGACGCAGAGUCUGUGUCCUCUGAACUCCAACAGAGGGACAUCCUAACUGCUCCCUACCAUGCCAGCUUGAACCCUGAUGAUAAGUCUCAAACUCAUCGCAAGUGGGCCUCCGGCAAAGUGCAGGUGGUGGUAGCUACAGUGGCAUUUGGCAUGGGAAUAGACAAGCCUGAUGUCAGGUUUGUCAUCCAUCACACCAUGAGCAAGUCAGUUGAAAACUACUAUCAAGAGAGUGGACGGGCAGGUCGAGACGAUCUCCCAGCUGAUUGUAUCAUCUACUAUGGCUUUUCUGACAUCUUCCGCAUCAGCUCAAUGGUAGUAAUGGAAAAUGUUGGUCAACAGAAGCUGAAUCAGAUGGUGACCUACUGCCAGAAUGUUGACAGGUGUCGUCGCUCUCUAUUGGCUGUUCAUUUUGACGAAGUGUGGGACGAGAAACAAUGCAACCAGAUGUGUGAUAUAUGCCGCAAUGCAAAAGAUGUCAUAUCUGUGGACAUUACCCACCAUGCCAGGCAAGUGGUGCAGAUUUUGGAGCUGGCAGAAUCCACGGAUGAGAAGCUAACUCCUCUAAAGUUGGUGGAGGCCUGGAUGGGGAGGGGCCCUACAAAGCACAGGAAGUUAAUGAAGAUCACUACGCUGUCUCGAGCACAAGCUGAGGAUGUGAUUGUCUACCUGCUGCUCCAAGGCUACCUCAGGGAGGAUUUCAGUUUCACUCCAUACACCACCCACUUUUACCUCCUGCUGGGCCGCAAAGCUCCCCUGCUGAAGAGUCAAACACACAUGCUGAGCAUGAAGAUGCAGGCAAAUUUGUCUUCUUCAUCGGAUGUGGCAGCUCCCAGCAAGAUCAUUGAUAAGAUCUUUUACUCCUUUGUAAAAGAAAACAGCUGUCCCUCCCAAUCGAAGCAAAAAUUAUUUAAAGCACACAAGAACCUGGCAAGGAAACCUAAUACAAACCCAGCUGAUGAGACCGACAGUUAUGCUGGUGAAGAAGACAAGAGGACGGAUAUGCCUCAACACGUAGUUGAAGUGAAUGUUGAAAUUAAUGCACCAGCUACGUCUUGUUCUAAACGUAAAUCCACCACCCCUCAAAGAGCGAGAAAGAAACCCCACGCAAAUUCAUCGCCCGUGGUCGUUCCGGCUCCAAUUAAAGUUGCUGACCCACCUUCUUACACAGUCCCCAGCUCUCCCUCCCAGGCCUCCUUUAUUUCCGAAACUGCAGCCGAGGAGCUGUGUGAUCUACAGAACUACUACAGGAAUCAGCUACGGCGAAUCAACUACAUCUCCCAUGAGUAUCUGGGGCAGCCCGAUGAGUCGGGGCUGCUGGCUUGUAUCCGGGAACCUUUAAAGUCCUUGCGACUUCCCCGCAGGAUGACCAUCACCCAGACGGCCCGCAGCUUGUGGACUCGUGUCAGCAGUCGGAGGAAACUGGUCCACCGGACAUUCAUUGUUUAAUCUCAGCAAGGCACGCCUCUAAGAUUACAGCAUUUGUUAGCUAGUACAAGGCAUUAAUACGUCUCAAAACUCAUGUUAUAUUUACAUUUGAUAUUACAAAGCGGAAGUCUGAACAAUAGAGGGCUGAAGACUGAUUCCUGCGGGACCCCGCAGAUGACAUUACAAUACUCUUGAGGUUACUCUCCUCAAGAUGAAGAAUCCUCCUUUCCUUGUCCCUCUUGGUUUAAGUAGUGAUUUUUUUUCUCCCCCCAACAUAAUCAUAGACUGUUAUUUUAAAUAUCACCAUUACAGUUCUGAAGUUUUGGCUCUGGAACCAAUCAUGCCAAGGGUUUUGACCUAACAGAUUGUUUUUCAAACCUAAUAUGAGAUGCAAAAACUAACUCAAGGACAGAAGCACCGUCCACCCAGUCAGAUUUAAAAAGCCUUGCCAUGUUUUAUCCUCCUACUGUCGAAUAGAUUUUCAAGCCUGUAGCCCACAUGCAGCUUUCAGUCUCUCGCUCUUUUCACAGACUGACCUCUGGCCAUGUGCGUCUCAAGAGAGGAAGCUUUCAUCACUCUGAAUUGAUUUUUCACAUUACUGUCAUUUGAAAUAUGGAAUACGUCCAUGUGUGCCACAUGAACCAUAUAAAAUAAGCAUAUCCAUAGACGGUGAGGACAGAGUGAUAUUCUUUUUAAAAGAAUGUGAGGGUGAUAGAAGCCGAAGGGUGCAAUGUAAGUUUGAACAAAAUAAGGAACCAGAUGCUAGGUGCUUUGCAUUAUUCAUAUAUGCACACACCAUGUUGUGGUUUCAAUAAUGUAUAAAUAAAAAGCAGAUCGUAUCUUACACUCUGUGAAUAAAUAAUAUUUAGGAUUAGAACCUAUUUUCCCUUCCCUGUCCUCAAGGAUCAUUGAAUAUUAAUUCAAAUCCUGUUCCUUUCCUUGAUUUUUGCAUUUUAGUUGAUAUUUCUAUCCCUAAAAAUAACCCCAUGAAUUUUAGAUUGAAAAAUCCAAGUCGAGAGAGCAAAAAAGUUUUCUUAAUUCAGUCUCAAGUUAAACUUGUUACACAGAGCAGACAUCAAUUGUGCAGACAAAAAUAAAACUAACGUUUUAUAAUUACUGCAUGAGCCGACUAGGCUAAUAUCUUAAUCAUGUCUUUUAAUGUUUAGCUAAUAUGCUUACAUCAAGUACAAAUUUUAGCUCCUUUUAUUUCCAAUUCAGAAUGUGAUCUAUCCAACUUCUCUGCCUCAUUGCAAAUGAAUCCCCAGGUGUUCCAUAGUAACAAAUAUUCAAUAAAAGCACCUGGGUUAGAAUCUGACCUAAAUUAUGUUUAUAGACUUGCAUACAUAGGUUUACCUCUUUCUUUGAAAUGUCUUUAUUCAUCCUCCCUCACAACUCGAGUUUUUUUCCCCCAGGAUAUUAUUUCAACGUUACUAGCUAUGAAUGUGUUAGCGAGAGUGUCUUAACUAAUAUUUUUGAAACCUUGAAUCUAUUUUACAAUGCCGUAUCAAUCGGUUAAAGUUAAAUGCAGUACACUGGAACACAAAAUGACACAUGGUAAUAUUUGAUUGUUCACCGAAUUCAUUUUAGAGCUGUCAAAAUCGAUUAAUCGAUAUUCAAAUUGACAAUUAUUUUAAUAAUUGAGGAAUCUUUUCUAUGUAGACAUUUUUUUGCCUUAAAAAGGUACAAAUCCUUUAUUAUGACUCCUGUGUAAAAUCGGAAUAUAGCUGAAUUAUUCAUGAACAAUGGGGUUCAUGUUAGUAGGAGGUAACACUAGGACUCAGCUCGAUUGUCAUUCUUGAGUUGAAAGUCGAAUUUGGGAGCUCGGCGUCAUAAUAAAUAAAAACUGUUAAGAGUCAAUAGUUGAAGCUUGUUAAAUAGAAAAUAAUAAAUGUUCCUGUAUGGGCUGGUAAUUGAAUUCAGUUCAAUUCAGAAGUUCAUGUUGAGAUUAAAGCCCAGAGCUUUUACUUCCUGUGUGAAAAUUAGCUUUUGAGACAGUACAGGCUACUCAGGAAAGGCUAAAAAAAAAAAGAUUUAUUGGCCACUUCUAUUGGAAUUAUUUAGUUGUCCUAUUAAGUCGUCCAGUUACGUCAGAGCUAAAAAAUGGGAAUAAGGUUUAGAGUUCGGCAAAUAAGUAACAUUCAAAACGUUAAAGCUGAGUGUAUGACACAAUGGGGAUGGAACCAGGUUUAACUGAGACCAGAGAAAAUGGUAUUUUAAACCAGGAUAAGUGAUCCGGAUCCAAGGAAAGUUUGAAGAUUGAUUUGGUAAUCCAAUCAUGCCCAGAAUCCUGAUCAAAUGUUGUUCUUUGGGGUUUCAAAAUAGUUUUAAUGCUAAAGUUUAGGAUUGUCCUUGUCCAAGCAAGAAUUCAUAUUGGAAUUUUUAUUUCAAACUAACUUUUGCUUUUCAAAUUCAGUUCAGUUUUUAAUUUGUUUUUACAGCAGGUUUGGUAAUUUUUUUGAAAAUGCUUAUUUUUAAUUUGGUUUUUAGGCCUGUCACUAUUAAUUUUUUUCCAUUGAUAUUUGAUUGAUGAUUAUUCUUUCAAUAAUUUAAGCAAGUGGUUUGGGUGUGUUGGAUGAAAGAUCGUGCAAUACAGAUGUUUUGGAUGCAUUGAUGUAAUGUUAGAUUUGGUUAGGGAGAACAUGUCCAGUUCUAGUUCAAACUCGGACCUUGUCGCAAGACCAGGUGUUGAGGAAACCAUCGGAGCAGUGGUUGUAAAAAAAAAAAAAGAAAAUUCCUCAAUGAGUCACAAUCGGCUGCACAUUGUUGCUAUUUGAGAUUGUAAUAGCCACACCCAGACCAGAUGUUGUAACACUGUAAAGUUAAGAUGUAAAAAGAAUACAUUUGGCACACUAUCCAUGCGGUGGCGCUCGUUGAAUUCCAAGUAGAAUGAACUUAAUUGUUUCAGGCUGAAAAUGGUUCCAACCAGAACUCUUUGUAAAGGAAAUGUUUUGAGUAACAUUGAAGUAAUGGAUCGAUGGAUAGUGGCUAACCUGCUAGCUAGCAUUUUUACAGUGUGCUACUGUCUGUUUUUACCUGUUAAAAAUGUACGUCUUUAUGUACAUUUAUGUACAUUUUCAAUGUUCUGUCUUUCAUGGAAGAAACUCACCUCGCGUAACACCAUCUUUUCGACUGAUAUCCCAUAAAAUCAAACCAUGUUGGUAGCGAAGAAGGCUAAA